AGAUUCAGCACAAUUUACCCUUCAUCUGUAAAGAGCUUAAAUUUCAUCAAGCUUUCUUGGCUCAACAAAUUCAACUUGCUUUCCGCUUUGACAUCCAACCCUUGAUCAUAAUGGGCGUCAUUUUUAAACAAUUCCUUGACUCAGCCUCCUGCAAUACUAACAGCAAGGUGUACUGCUGCAUCAUAUGCAAUACCCAUUUAUCCACAACUGACGACAUCAUCUCAAAGGCCUUUCAAGGUCAACAUGGCAAAGCAUAUCUUUUCAAUGCAGUCGUGAACAUAUUCCAGGGGCCGGCAGAAGAAAGAAGCAUGACGACAGGGCUGCAUACUGUCCGUGAUAUCCAUUGCACAUACUGUCAAACCGUUGUAGGUUGGAGAUAUGACAAGGCAUAUGAAGAAUCACAAAAAUACAAGGAAGGUCGAUAUAUUCUUGAACAUGCACUCAUUUCAUGCAUAUAGUUUCAUGGCCAGCAACAACUAUUCUGUACCAUAGCGUCUGUAUAAUUCAGCUGCCCAAGAAACAUCGUACUAUAAUUGGCUAUUUUUGUGCCCCUGAUGCGUGUUUGAUAUCUCAUAAUAGACAGCUUCAACUAAUGUUGCAGCCCUAAUGCGAUUGGACUCCUUUUAUCUGCAACUUGACAAGUCUUGAAUACAGCAGCCUUUAGUUUGUUCUAGCUACACUGGAUCCUGAUGGGUUCAAUCCAAAGGACAAAGCUUAUUUUCAUCUAUUCAUUUUAUUGUUAUUCAUAGCUCCAUAUUUUUAGCCGCGUGGCUUAUAAAGAACAAUGCCAAAAAAAUUUGGACAGUUUUAAUUUUCAUGCUUGCACGCUGAUUUGAGCAAGAUUGCUUUUUGCUUGUAUAUGACUAUCGAGUGACAGGUUCAUUACCCAACUUGAUGCUAUUGGUGUUUUUAUUUCUGUGGUGCAUUCCAUCACAUAACACGUAUGAAUGGUUAAUAUCAUGAAGCCAAAGAGUGAACCAAUGCACAUUUAUUUUUGUUCAUGCUGCAGGCCGAGUAUUGGCGGUGUCAUUUUGUACAUGUAGAUUAAAUCAUAGGAUGCAUGCGAAUAAAGCAUGGUUGUGCAAGAAUAAAAAUCAUUCAAUCGU